GACACCUUCCCCACACCCUGUGUCCUCAUUUCCACCACCUUGCAAGGCGUUGGGGUGCUGGUUUUGGACAUGACUCGGGGCACGGGAGGGCUGCCCCUGCUGCUGCUGAGCCUUGCUGUGCUGGAUCUCCCACUGGAGACCACGGCACUGCUGCCCAACACCAGCUCAAGCACUGCAACCACCUUCCCUUCCUCUCGUCAUGCAACCUCCACCCCAGAGAUGCCAGCAGAUGCCUUCACAUCCAGGGCUUCUGCAGCUCAGCGGAGCAGCCCAGCAGCCUCCAACAUCACCACACCAGAGGCAAGGGGCAACACAACUCAUAGCACUCCUGUGCCACCUGGGCUGAGAGCCACCACCAGCAGCAGUACCCUGGCAGGGCUGGAAGCCACCAGGAGCAACACUCCAGCACAGCUGAGACCCACCACCAGCACCACCCCGGCAGGGCUGGGACUGACCACCAGCAGUACCUCAGCACAGCUGGGACCCACCACCAGCACCUCUCCAGCACAGCUGGGACCCACCACCAGCACCACUCCAGCACAGCUGGGACCCACCACCAGCACCACUCCAGCAGGGAUGGAACCCACCAGCACCACCCCAGCAGGGCUGGAACCAACCACCAGCACCACUCCAGCACAGCUGGGACCCACCACCAGCACCACUCCAGCACAGCUGGGACCCACCACCAGCACCACCCCAGCACAGCUGGAACCUACCACCAGCACCAAUCCAGCACAGCUAGGACCCACCACCAGCACCACCCCGGCACAGCUGGGACCCACCACCACCAGCAGCACCCUGGCAGGGCUGGAGCCGACCACCAGCAGUACUCCAGCAGGGCUGGGAACCACCACCAGCACCACCCUGGCAGGGCUGGGAGCCACCACCAGCACCACCCCGGCACAGCUGGGACCCACCACCAGCACCACUCCAGCACAGCUGGGACCCACCACCAGCACCAUCCUGGCAGUGCUGGGAGCCACCACCAGCACCACCCCAGCACAGCUGGAACCUACCACCAGCACCACUCCAGCACAGCUGGGACCCACCACCAGCACCACCCCAGCACAGCUGGGACCCACCACCAGCACCACCCCAGCACAGCUAGGACCCACCACCAGCACCACCCCAGCACAGCUAGGACCCACCACCAGCACCACCCCAGCAGGGCUGGGACCCACCACCAGCACCACUCCGGCACAGCUGGGACCCACCACCAGCACCACUCCAGCACAACUGAGACCCACCACCAGCACCACUCCAGCAGGGAUGGAAGCCACCAGCACCACCCCAGCAGGGCUGGAGCCAACCACCAGCACCACUCCAGCACAGCUGGGACCCACCACCAGCACCAUCCUGGCAGUGCUGGGAGCCACCACCAGCACCACCCCAGCACAGCUGGAACCUACCACCAGCAGCACCCCAGCACAGCUAGGACCCACCACCAGCACCACCCCAGCACAGCUGGGACCCACCACCAGCAGCACCCCAGCACAGCUAGGACCCACCACCAGCACCGCUCCAGCACAGCUGGGACCCACCACCAGCAACACCCCAGCACAGCUAGGACCCACCACCAGCACCACUCCAGCACAGCUGGGACCCACCACCAGCACCACCCCAGCACAGCUAGGACCCACCACCAGCACCACUCCAGCACAGCUGGAACCUACCACCAGCACCACUCCAGCACAGCUGGGACCCACCACCAGCACCACCCCAGCACAGCUAGGACCCACCACCAGCACCACCCCAGCAGGGCUGGGACCCACCACCAGCAGCACCUCAGCAGGGAUGGAACCCACCAGCAGCACGUCAACAGGGCUGGGACUGACCACCAGUAGUACCCCAGCACAGCUGGGAGCCACCACCAGCACCCUGGCAGGGCUGGAGCCAACCAGCAGCACCACCCCAGCACAGCUAGGACCCACCACCAGCACCACUCCAGCACAGCUGGAACCCACCACCAGCACCACCCCAGCACAGCUGGGACCCACCACCAGCACCACCCCAGAACAGCUGGGACCCACCACCAGCACCACUCCAGCACAGCUGGGACCCACCACCAGCACCACUCCAGCACAGCUAGGACCCACCACCAGCACCACUCCAGCAGGGAUGGAACCCACCAGCACCACCCCAGCAGGGCUGGAGCCAACCACCAGCACCACUCCAGCACAGCUGGGACCCACCACCAGCACCACCCCAGCAGGGCUGGAACCUACCACCAGCAGUACCCCAGCACAGCUGGGAGCCACCAGCACCACCCCAGCAGGGCUGGGACCCACCACCAGCAGCACCUCAGCAGGGAUGGAACCCACCAGCAGCACGUCAACAGGGCUGGGACUGACCACCAGUAGUACCCCAGCACAGCUGGGAGCCACCACCAGCACCCUGGCAGGGCUGGAGCCAACCAGCAGCACCACCCCAGCACAGCUAGGACCCACCACCAGCAGCACCUCAGCAGGAAUGGAACCCACCAGCAGCACCUCAGCAGGGCUGGGGCUCAGCACCACCAGCGUGCCAACUCCAACCUCCAUGGCCGUGACACCCAGCUGUGACAAGACUACCACUUCCACGUCUGUGGGGAGCAGCACGGCCCUGGCUGCCAGCUCAUUUGGAGUUGAAAUGAGCACACUGUCUCCUCCUGCCUCUACUCUUCUCUCCUCCAGCAGCGUGGGCACCACAUUUGGCACCAGCACCCACCAAAGGCCAGCCAUGACCACACUGCUUGGCACUACAUCCUCAGGGACCAGCACUACCUCUUCUUCCACCACCCCUGAAGUGACAGACACUUCAGAUGGGCCCUUGAUGACCCCAUCAGACACCAUGGCCUCCCUUGUUACCACCACAGAGGUCCCUGGGAGCACCCCUGUCCCUAGCCAGCCAGCUGGGACCAUGCCUAGGACCACCCUUGGUACCUCCAUCCCACCAGAACCAGAGAGCCCCAGUGACACUGCAGAGACCACUGCCAUGGGUGUGACAGCAACUGUGUCCCCAGCUCUCCCUACCUCCUCAACACCUGUGGAGAGUUCAACACUGCUGCCUACCACUGAUUCCACCACCACAGCCACCCUCCUUUCCUCCAGCCCUGAAACAGAAGCCUCCACCUCAGAGGAGUCCAGCACAUCUGCAGAGACUGGCAACACCUCUCCUCCCACUGAGCCUUCUCCCACCACGACUACAGAAGAUUCAGCAGAGACCUUGGAAGCCCUGGCAGACACCACAGCCAGCCCUGUUAUCAGCUCAUCAGACCCCAUGAGCACCCCCUACCCAGACAGCACCACCCCUGACAUCUUCCCCUCAACUAUGGACUCGACUCCAGGCACUGAGUCCUCUUCCCCUGUCACCAGCUCAGCCCAGAUCUCAGAGGUUACUACCCUCAGCAUGCCUACAGUCUGCCCCUCUGCCUCGUCCAACACCAGUGCAUCUCACCUCUUUCUGUCGCUGCGGCUAACCACCCCUCUGGACCUGGGGAACACCACGGUGCAGGAGCUGCUGUUGUCCAAGCUCCAAGAGGACCUGCAGACAGCAUUCCCGUGUGCUGGCCUGGCACUGGCCUGGCGAGGGAAGAGGAGGACUUGACCACUGCCCCUUGCCCAGCCUGCUGCCUCCUGGAUUGCCAAGCAACUGCUCCCAGCUCCUCACCUGUGGUGGUGCAGGCCCCUGGGGAAUCCCACACAGCUCCUCUUGAACCUGGGGCUUCCUGUCCUUCACUCUGUACCCCCAGAGGACCCCAUGCCCCUCCUGCCCCUUCCCACAGCCUGUGUGAAGAGCCUGAGCCCUCCCACCACCCUGCUCCAGACCUGAUUCCUGUGUGGAAUUCUCUGCUGGGGGCUGGGAGGAGGAAACCCCACAGGACUGAGCUUUUACAUCUGGGACUGAGCUGGCUCAGCCGUCAAAGCCACCCUAGGGACAGAGGAAUUAGAGGAAGGAGACCUGAAGCCCCCAGUACUGCUGUGCCCAAGGCUCACCUGUGGUAUUGCUGACGGAGGAGAACACCCAUGCUGGGCAGUAAAAAGAAAUUCCAUGUUUUCUGUGGUGAAGUGAUGACUUCUUUAUUUUCCAAGUUGCCUUUCCCAGUUUUCAGCUUUGCCAUCUAUUGGAGGUACCAGUGAGGAAAACUGAGUCCCAAGAGCUUUUCGUGGAGAGACGGGCUCAGUGCUGUGCCCUCCCACCAGGGGCUGCUGCAGACAUUCCCAAGGAUGGCCCGGCACCCCGGCAGACCCGUGGUCUCUGCUUUGGAGCUCUCUGCCCCAUAACACCCCACAGCUGCAGGGGCAGCGCUGUGGGGCUGUGGAAAUCCCGUGGGCUGUGCUCCUUCCCUGUUUUUUCCAGUCCCCAACUAAGGAGACGGCUGCAACAUCUGUCCCCCUGCAGCAAAGUCAUUUAUUAACUGAUUAAUUAGCCUGAUAAAAUCCAACUGAAGCAAUUAUUAGCCUAAGCAAGCCACCUCGCCUGGAGAUUGAAAACUGAAAUAAUUAGC